UGUCAGUUUUUCCUAUCUUUGGCCGAGUCAGCCGCUUGGUGUGGAUGUGAACCGAUGUAAGAGUCGUGUUUACAUUUUUUUUCCGUCUUUCCAUUCGCGUCCGUCUUUUCACCAGCAGUCAGCUGACAAGGGGGCGAUCGGACACUGAAUGAGCAUCACGGGGAGGCGUCCACGACAAAAACACGCCUGUCACGCUUCACUGUCGCGGUUCUGUCCCUCCGUGUGACAAAAAUUUGGCUUUGAAGGGAGCUGCUGUCUUUACCACAGACAUGAGCGGGAGACUGGGAGACCUGAGCCCCAAGCAGGCUGAAGCACUGGAGCAGUUUCGGGUGAGGAUACAAGAUAUUCUUCCUCAACUUCCACUGCAGCAUGACCACUUCCUGUUACGUUGGCUCAGAGCCAGAAACUUCAAUGUCCAGAAGUCUGAGGCCAUGCUGCGAAAGCACAUGGAGUUCAGGAAACAGAUGAAAGUAGACACAAUAAUAACUGAGUGGCGUCCACCAGAGGUGAUAGAGAAGUAUCUCUCCGGAGGAAUGUGUGGCUAUGACCGCGAGGGUAGUCCCAUCUGGUACGAUGUCAUCGGGCCUGUGGAUCCCAAAGGCCUCUUCCUGUCCGCCUCCAAGCAAGACUUCAUCAAGUCCAAGAUCAGAGACUGUGAGAUGCUGCAGAAGGAAUGCACCGUGCAGUCAGAGAGACUGGGGAAGAAUGUGGAGUCCAUCACUAUGAUCUACGACGUUGAGGGUCUAGGUCUGAAACACUUAUGGAAGCCAGCUAUAGAAACAUAUGGCGAGAUUCUCCAGAUGUUUGAAGACAACUACCCGGAGGGUCUGAAGAGGCUGUUUGUUAUUAAAGCACCCAAACUCUUUCCUGUGGCCUUCAACCUUGUUAAGCCCUUUCUGAGUGAAAACACACGGCAAAAGAUCAGCAUCCUGGGAGCUAACUGGCAGGAGGUGUUACUGAAGCACAUCGAUGCGGAGGAGCUGCCGGUGAUGUACGGUGGUAAACUGACGGAUCCUGAUGGAGACCCUUGCUGUCGGAGCAGGAUAAACCACGUGGGACCGGUUCCCCCCUCCUACUACGUGCGGGACCACGUUAAUGUGGAUUAUGAGAAGUGUGCGACCGUCAGUCGAGGCUCUUCCCUGCAGAUGGAUUAUGAAAUCUUGUUUCCGGGCUGCGUUCUAAGGUGGCAGUUUGCCAGCGAGGGGGCAGAUAUUGGUUUUGGGGUGUUUCUAAAGCCGAAAAAAGGCGAAUGGAAGAAGGCGGCUCAGAUGGAGGAAGUCUUACCCAGCCAGCGAUACAACUCCCACUUAGUGCCUGAGGACGGAUCUCUGACCUGCGAGCGUCCCGGAGUCUACGUGCUGAGAUUUGACAACACCUACAGCAUCUUCCAGGCCAAACGAGUCAGCUUCUCCGUCGAAGUCCUGCUCCCCGACCAGCUACAGUCCUCACAGACCAACGGGCAGGCCAGCCACAAGGUGCAAGAGGAGAGCAGCAGCCAGUUUUAACGCAAAGGACAUGACUGUGCUGUCAGAUCAGUCGUGUUUAGCCGCCACUAGUAAGCACAGCCUGACAUACUUGAUGAGAACCGUGAGCAUGCUGCCAGAACACGUGAAGUAUUGAGUUUAAUCGUCUCGGUGAUUAGACAAACACACAAACACCACCUCACACAUUCUCCAUGUCAAGUGAUUAUAAUAAAAAGAAAAUGCUAAUGGUUCUUUCAUGACAAUACAACAGUAAUAUAUAUCUAUAUCUAUAUAUAUAGAGAAUAUCCACCACGUAAGGUCCAUAAGGCAAAUAUGUUUGGAGCAAAGACAUUUGCUGAGCUAUGGAAGCUUAUGGAAUAAUUUAACGAUCUUCCUCGUUAAUUAUUCAUCAGUUGUGAGUCGUCAGGUAAAGCAGAUAAAGCAGGUACUCUCUUUUUCUUUAUAUACACAUCAACACCGCACAUUUGCAGAUGACAUUCCUUUAAGUAUUUAUUUUCAAAACAAUUCCAAGUAAAUUAAUUAUAGUUCUAUUUUAGAGAUAUUUAAGCUUUUGUCAAUAAUAAUAAUAAUAAUAAUGAUAAUACCUUGUUUUUAACGAGGGGCAAAAGAAGGUGAUUUUGACCAUUAUUGAAUGUAAGCCUGUGGGUUAUGGUCGGGAUGGAGGGGUUUUCACUUUAUAUUCUUAUUUAGACUGUGACCAGAUUAUAACCUCCACUCCCCCAGCGGAAAUGACUGUAAAUAAUUUUACUGAAGGUUUGUUUCUAAGUGUUGCUCUCACUGUACGGACCGUCGAAAGUGAUUGAUUCUUAUCUUUUCCCAACAAUGAAGGCUGCGCCGAUUUCCAGCUGCAAAGAAAUAAAACACAAUUCUGAGUCUUG